AUGGCUUCCACGGCGCGGCAGGCGACGUUGCUGCUUCUCCUGACACUUCAGGUGGGCGUACAGCCGCUUCUCAUGGGCUGGUACGCGGUCGAGGCGCGUGACGUUCGCUUGCGAGUGGGGGUCGUGGAGCUCCUGAAGCUGUUGCUGGCGCUGAUCCCUCUCAGUCUUUCACGUGGGGAAGGUGGACUGCUCAACCAGCUCAAGACAUGGAAACUGCGUGCUGCGUUAGCCACGACAGUAAUGCCAGCACUGAUUUACGUGCUACAGAAUCUGCUCAACCACGCAGCUGUGGUGGCACUGGACGGGGUGACGUUCAACGUGCUUAACCAGACCAAGAUCAUCUGGACCGCUCUACUCGUGUACCUGCUUCUGGGCACGCGGCAGUCGCCACUGCAGAUCGUGGCGCUAACGCUACUCUGCGUAGCUGCACAACGAGAAACGGACGCGAUCGUGUUCACGGGGAUGUACCAGGCAUUACUAGGCGCCGUGCUGUCCGCUUUAGCCGGGAGUAUCAUUCAGAGAGCUUUACAAAGAGAGAAACGCAACCAGUACAUGGUCACAGUGGAGCUUAGUGUGCUGGGCGAGAUGACGCUCUUGACGCUAGCGUUCGUACAGGAUGGACUCAUGACAAGGGACGGAGACUCGCAGGACGGCAUGUGGGACGGCUGGAGUGUCAUGACGCUCGCUGCACUCAUGUGUCAAGCUAUGGGAGGAGUGUUAGUGGGUUUUGUGAUCCGAGACUGCGGUAAUGUGGAGAAAAGCUUUGCCGUUGUAGGAGGAAUGGGACUCACAGCGCUGCUGGAGACUCAUUUCAAUGGCAAACCGUUCGGUCACAACGCAUUUGUGGCGAUGGCUCUGGUGGCUAUCAGUACGGCGUUGUACACACUUAAUCCGCCUACCAAGAAAAUGAGUGCAGACACCAGUGAGCUGGAGCCGUUCUUGGCACCUCCGACUGUCGUCACGGUUAGCAGCAAUAGUGUACAUACGAGCAGCACAUCUCGACAAGAAAUGCGGAGACCACUGCGACAACUGCAGCCUCUUAACGAGAUACCUUCUCGACGGGAACUGGAAGCGAUCGUAUAG